GCUCAUGCUCACAAGGACAGGAGGAGAUCAGCCAGACUGCAGCUGAUAGAUGUGUUGUAGUGAUGUAAUGUUGCCUGUUUGGUGACUACGGAUGGCUGUCUGUGCCAGGCUCUGCGGAGUGGGUCAGUCGCGCAGGUGCCGGCGGCGACAGCGGCAAAACCAGCAGGAUCAGGGGAGCGAUUCCGACAUGGACGAGGAAGAAGAGGAGCGGAUCGUGGGUCAGAAGCAAGCCGACGUGGGCUGCGGCAGCGGAGGCCCGGAGAGCGGCGUCGCCACUGCAGGGCCGAGUGACGCUUGUGAAUAUGGCAGCGGUCAUGUCAACAGAGGAGGCUCUCUAGAUCGCACAAGCACGGGACCCCCACACCCGCAAUCAUUAGCGGAGUUACCGCCAGAGCUUUUAGUGGAAAUAUUCUCCUUGCUUCCCGGAACUGCACUACCAAAUGUUGCCCUCGUAGGCAAGAAAUUCAGACAAAUCCUAAACACUGAAACCAUCUGGAGAAGACGGUGCAUGGCAGAGUUUGGUAUGAAGGAGGAUCUGAGGAAGAUGGAAGUGGGAGGAGUAUCUAGCCGGGACCUUUAUGUUAAACGUAUCAACCCACGGGUGAAGUCCGGGCGCUUUAUGAAGCUCCUCCCGGACUACGAGCCCAUGGACUAUAGAGACGUGUACGCACACUUGCUUCACCCAUACAGACAUAUCUUGGGUUUAUGGCAGCCUGACAUAGGGCCUUAUGGUGGAUUGCUUAACGUUGUGGUGGACGGGCUAUUCAUCAUCGGCUGGAUGUAUUUGCCACCUCAUGACCCCCGUGUGGAGGAUCCCAUGAGAAGACGGCCGCUCUUCCGUAUCCACAUGUGGGAGAGCAACAAUGCCAGUGUGGAGUGUAUGUACGGACACAAGGGUCCCCACAAAGGAGACAUACAGACUGGGAAGAAGGAUGAAUUUUCAACAAAGUGUAACCAGACUGAUCACCACCGCAUGCCAGGGGGCAGACAGGAGGAGUUCAGGACAUGGUUGGAGGAAGAAUGGGGCCGUACACUGGAGGAAAUCUUCCAUGAGCACAUGCAGGAGCUCAUCCUGAUGAAGUUCAUUUAUACAAGUCAAUAUGAUAACUGCUUGACAUACCGGAGGAUCUACCUGCCUCCUGUAAUGCCCUCUGACCUGCUGCACCCAGGCCUCUUUAAAGGCACCUACGGCAGUCACGGCUUGGAGAUUGUCAUGCUCAGUUUCCACGGGACUUCUGCGAGAGCCACCAAGCUCACUGGAGACCCUAAUGUUCCUGCAGGGCAGCUCACUUUGGAUGUUGACCUGAGCCGGUCUGUGGUCCUCCCAGACUUGGAGCACCAGCGCAACAUAGAGGAGCUGUCCCGGCUGGUACUGGGGGUACACGAGGAUGUCCAAAGGGAACAACAACAACAGGCCAUGGACACUUCUGCCACAGUCAGAGGUGCAGCGGAGGUGGCCUGCGGUGAUGCCAGCGCAGCAGAAGGAGUGGAGGCAGGCCAUGUUACCGGUUCAGGCAGCUGCCAGCCUGGCCCCAGCAGCACCACCAGUCCUCCUGAAUCCCAGCCCUUCGUCCUGCCCCUGGGGGUUAUGGCUCGCAACGAGGUCUACCCUCGCACCUGCCGUAAAUGCUUCUAUGGGACAGGCCUGAUCGCUGGGCACGGCUUUACAAGUCCAGAGCGCACCCCGGGGCUCUUUGUGCUGUUUGAUGAAGACCGUUUUGGUUUCAUCUGGCUGGAGUUGAAGUCUUUCAGUCUGUACAGUCGCCUGACGGACAACCUAGCUCAUUCUCACGCCCCAACUAUGGAGCGAUUUGAGGCCAUGCUGUGCAACAUGCAGUCCUGGACAUCCUGAUGCACCACAUUUUUAAUCUCCCCCACAAUACAAUGCAGAAUAACAACCAUUUUACACAAAUCACCUCUGUCCUCCGCUGACUGAACAUUACUUCCACAAUAGCUCAUGACCCUAACUCUCCACAUUCAUCUAUGUUCACAAACGUGGGUCUAAUUAAGCUAUGUCACCCUGAUCUAGCGCUCUCACACUGCUGUUCCCUUGCAAGCACUUUGAAAAGCCUCCCAAGUCUCCUCACCUCAGUAUGACCUUAAUCCUCCAGUGCAGCAUGAAAACAAGUCACAUAUUAACCUUUUUAUUAUUUAUUUAUUUAUUCCCUGCAGGAGAAAAGGAAUAAUAUUUCAUACCACUUGUUAUGGAUCAAACUGUACGUGCCUCUGAUUCUUAAACCAUGUCUGUACUUGAUAGUGCUUGAUGACGACUAAGGUGUCCAGUGUAUUCUACUAUAUAGCGUUAUACUAAUUUCAGUGCCCAACAUAUUGAACUGCAUUUUGUUGCAUGUUGCGUUUUGUUUAGAUCUAAUUACAUCUCAAUCAUAACUGUUAUCUGAACAUGAUGUCUUCUUUUCAUUGAAGGUUCAAUGUAGAAGAUAUGCAAGAAUUUAAACUUUAAAAAUGUAAACAAUUACCUAACACUAUCAACAGAAUGUGAACAGUGUUGACGUUGUGUCAAAGACGUCUAUGUGUUGCGUUGCAGAGAUAUCUAAUGAAGUUAGCAUGCUA